AUAAAAAGGCAAGGGAGCAGGCACAUCAGCAGAGACCUGAAAGGACCACAUCCCUGGGUACGCCAGCUGUCUGUCUGCUGCAGGGAUGCUGCAAGCAACAGCCUUCCUCUUGCUCUUCAGCCUGGCACUGGUGGCUCCCAGUCUGUCUGCAAAAAAGUGUGUGCUGACUGGACACUGGAUCAAUGACCUGGGCUCCAACAUGACCAUCCUGGCCGUGAAUGGAAGAGGUGACUUCAGUGGCUCCUACCACACAGCUGUGACAGCCACCACAAAUGAGAUCCAGGUGUCACCGCUGCAGGGGUCCCAGCACCGCUCAAACCAGAAGAGCCAGCCCACCUUCGGCUUCACCGUCAACUGGAGCUUUUCAGACUCUGUCACUGUCUUCACGGGCCAGUGCUUUGUGGACAAGGAGGGAAAGGAGACUCUGAAGACCAUGUGGCUCCUGCGGUCACGUGUGGACAACAUCAAUGAUGACUGGAAAGCCACCAGGGUCGGCAUCAAUGUCUUCACCCGCCUGCAGUCCCAGAAGGAGUGAGGGUGGCAGUGUGAGGGGUCCCAGGCCAGUGGCAGCGCCGAGGGAUGCUCCCACCCACCCCCACACUCCCACCCACACACUCCCACUUCUCUCAAUAAAGCUUUGCUGCAAACGUCCAAA